GCUCUGAGCGAUCACAUGUUAAAACAUUGAAAGGGUUUAAGAGUAAAGAGGGUAGUUGUACUUCAACACUUUUUUGUCGCAAGUUUUACUCUCCCACUCUACUUUGCUUCUAGGGUUUCCCAUUUUGAUUCUUUCUUCUUCUAGACAACAACAUGAGUCGUCAUCCUGAGGUGAAGUGGGCCCAGCGGGAAGACAAGGUCUAUAUUACAGUUCAGUUGUCAGAUUCGCAAAAUGCAAAGGUCAAUCUUGAACCAGAGGGGUUUUUUACCUUUUCUGCUAAUUCAGGAGCGGGGAACCACCUCUAUGAACUGAAGCUUGAUCUUUUUGAUAAGGUUAAUGUAGAGGACAGCAAAAUACAUAUAGGUGUGAGAAGUAUAUUCUGUAUCUUGGAGAAAGCAGAGAAGAAAUGGUGGAAAAAAUUACUGCGUGGAGAGGACAAGACACCACACUACGUGAAAGUAGAUUGGGAUAAAUGGGUGGAUGAAGACGAGGAUACUGGUGCUCCUGACCCUGAUUUAGGAGGCAUGGAUUUAUCGAGAUUUGGUGACAUGGGAGGCAUGGGCGGCAUGGGUGGCAUGGGCGGCAUGAUGGGAGGCAUGGGUGGCAUGAUGGGAGGCAUGGGUGGUAUGAUGGGAGGCAUGGGCGAUGAUGCUAUGGGUGAUGAUUUUGAUGACUCUGAUGAAGAAGAUCAAGAGAUUGCAAAGCCUGAAGAAAAAGUCCCUGUUAAAGCAGGAGAGGAGGGAAGUGCAGAAGCAGCAGUGGCAAGCACAUGAACGUAUAGUUCGAGAUGUUGCAGUAUGCCUUAGGCUUUAAGCUUUGGCAUUUGAUUAAAUGGCUUGAGUGGUUGAAUCAAAGCAUACUUUUUCUAACAGAGUGAAGCUUGAUUUCACUCUAAUAGUCAUGUUGGUUGGUAUUCUCCUGUGCCCAAUCAACUGAGACUAAUUUUCUAUCUUUUAACUUGAAUUUGGCUGUUGUAUUUUAGCCAGUUUCUGUGGAUGUUAGUCGGAAAAUGAUUUCUGUUCGAAAAAUGUUCGUCAUAUCUUGCCUGCCAUGAAUAUGCAACUUUUCUUUGUGCGUUUGGUAUUCUUGCAACUAUUAAAGCAUGCGUGGUGUAGGAGCUAUCUAUUU